GCGGCGGCGCGGGCGAGAUGCGGGCGGCGGGAGCGGGGCUGCGGCUGCUGCUGCUGCUGCUGGCGGCGCUGGCGGCCGCGCCGGGAGGCUCGGCGGAGCAGGGCGGGCUGCCGGCCAAGAAGCUGCGCAUGGCCUACGCCACCGGGCCGCUCCUCAAGUUCCAGAUCUGUGUCUCCUGAGGCUACAGGCGGGUGUUUGAGGAGUACAUGCGGGUCAUCAGCCAGCGGUACCCAGACAUCCGGAUCGAAGGGGAGAACUACCUUCCUCAACCUAUCUAUAGGCACAUAGCAUCCUUCCUGUCUGUCUUCAAACUAGUAUUAAUAGGCUUAAUCAUCGUCGGCAAGGACCCGUUUGCUUUCUUUGGCAUGCAAGCUCCAAGCAUCUGGCAGUGGGGCCAAGAAAAUAAGGUGUAUGCUUGCAUGAUGGUCUUCUUCCUGAGCAACAUGAUUGAGAACCAGUGCAUGUCCACGGGCGCCUUCGAAAUCACUCUGAAUGAUGUUCCAGUGUGGUCUAAGCUGGAGUCUGGCCACCUCCCUUCCAUGCAGCAGCUUGUACAAAUCCUGGAUAACGAAAUGAAGCUCAACGUGCACAUGGAGUCAAUGCCUCACCAUCGGUCAUAGCCCCGCCUGGCAGCGCCAAAACUUCCUGCAUCGAGUGGUGGUCCGCUGAGGCCGCGUGGCUCAGGCCCAUGAAGGCCUGCACUGAAGACAGCUCGCUGUUGGUGCAGGCUGGAUGCUCCUCCUGCAGCCACGCCGCGCCUGCCGGCAGAGGAGGCUCGGUGAGAGGCGCCUCAGCGCUGGGCCGCCCCGCGCCGCGCAGCCCCGGAGUGCAAUAAUCCCGCAGAGGGUUUGGAAGAGGCCACCCGCCCGCGCUCAGCAAGGCAGGCAUUGCUCCUGGUAACUUAUUUUGUAGUCAUCUUCCACACCACAGCAGAUUCAGUUCAUACCAGAGUCUUUUGUUUGUUUGUUUGUUUGUUUUUGUUUUGGUUUUUGUUUUGUUUUUUUCCCCCUUGGAAAACAAAUCAAUAAGGAAAAAAAAAAAAGAAAAGUUUUGUCUAAUCUGUUGUAUUUUAUAUGAAUUUAUGUUCUUUUUGUAGUUUCAAAUGGAGUUAUAGGAGUGUCUGAUGUUGUCCUCAACUGUUAAGUAAUUGACAGCUGUCCUAUCAAAUAAUCUCUAACGUGGCUAAAGCAGGUCUGUGUAUUUUUCAGAUGAUGUGGGAGAGUCAAGCAGUGGGUUCUGUGCUAAAUUAGAGAGAGGAAAUUGUGUGCAGAGUAGUGGCAGCCUGGUGUGACUUGGGUCAAAGCAAGGACCAGCUGCUCCUUCAGUUGUGCUGGCCAGCCCCAGAGGCUGUUCUGUGACCAUUCCAGUGAGAGGCUGGGCCUUCCCGCUGCCCUCUACAGGAACCAAGCAAGUCAGCUGAAAUAAAGAGGUCUCAUUUCCUGUGUGAAGUCCCUUGUUCGAGUCACUGACAGGUAUUCUUAGAACUGCAGUUGGAAAAAAAGUGCAUAAAAAGCCUAAUUUCCAAAGUCA